AUGGCGACCAGCAUGAUUGACAUCGAGAAAGGCGACAUGACCUCGACCAUCUCGCCUCUAGGCCUCUUCCAGCUCCUCGUGGGCAUCCACACCCACCCCUCCCUCACGACCCGCCAGACAGACGCCGCCAAUGCAGGACAGAAAGCCAACUCUAGAAGCGACAACGUUGGCCUGUACCAACGGAUCAAAGCUGAAGAACGCCGUCUGCGAAUCCAGUACGCCCUGACGAGCUAUAUCAACAACUCGCUGUAUAUGCUGCAGAUCUUGCUCGCAGCGACGUUCACGGCUCUGUCGGCGUAUAAGGAUACGCAUCCUGUUAGCUUGACUGUUCUCGGAGCGAUAAACACCGUACUCGCCGGCUGCCUCGCCUGGCAAAAAGGCCAAGGCGUCCCCCAACGCUACCGCAAAGCCCGCGACCAAUACCAAGCACUCCUGCUCGAGAUCGAAAGCUCCGAGCGAUCCUUCAUCACGAAUGACGGCGACCUGGAUCCUCGGGCUGAGAAGGCGCGGCUGCAGAAGUUGUUUGAUGUGGCCCGCGCAGAUCAGCAGGCCAAUUAUCCGGAUUUGUAUGUUAGUACUGAGGGGCAUGGAAAGGAGGGUGGGAAGCGGGAUGAGGAGAGGGUGGAGAGGCUUCAGAAGUUGUUGGGGGAGUUAGAGGGGAGAUUGAAGGUGGAGGGGGGAGGGAAGUGA